CAAGUAUUUGGGAUUAUCAUUCAUCAAUUUGGUCUAGCCAUAGAAUCGAUGCUAGCGAGGAAGCGCUAAGUGUCGCUGAUCAUGCUGUAGGAUUACAACGCGAUGAUAAAAUCCCAAAUGGAGUGACGUCUUGAUCAUCACUUGACUAGCAGAGGGUCACGCGACCAUCGUGACGUAAAGACCGCGUCUGCUACAUAUAACCAUGGUUUCUCUAGCAAUCCCCUCUCGUCUUACUUCUCCCAGCAGAAUUUGCCAAUUUUGGUCAAUCAAGAUCACACAGAAUCAUCCACCAAAACACAAUCCAAACAAACCACAAGAUGAGCAGCGGACUGUCUGACGAAGCUGUUAUCGAGGGCCACGACCUCAUCGAGCGAGCCGAGACCGAAGAGCGGGAGGCCCACAAGGGACACUCCAACCUCCAGUCUACAGAGUCACCAAAGCCGUCGGCCGGCAGCAAAGACAACGCCGAACCCGCUGAUACCCUAAAGUCGAAGCUGGACAGCGUGAAGGAGGCAUUGAACUUGAAGAAAUAAGUGGCAAGACCGCGAGACGGGAUAUAUUGUUGGGGGAGUAUCCUCUCGAUCAGAAAUACCGUCGUGAACUCUACCAUGUCAGCGACGACGUUAUUAUGCUGCGGAUUGGCAGGAUAUUUUCGUCUCAGGGCUGAAUCUCUGGCACUGAAAUUUGGAAAAUCCUCCUCCUUUUGAUCAGCUCAUCAUCCUGCCCCUCACCGCCGUUCUCUCUCAACAGCACUCUGGCAAU